AAUGCUGUAGAGAUCUUUGAAGGACUACUGCUGUUUUCAUCUCCAUGCAGCCAGUGCAAGAAGGAACGGACAUCAUGUCUCUGUGCCAUCGCUGGAAGAGAUGCUUCUCUCUAGGACCGGUCUGUUCAACAUCGGGCUAUAAGAAGGCGGAUGAUGAGAUGUCCGGAGCCACGUCCGCGGCGGAUCUGGACGAGGCACCAGCCCGCACCAUUUACUUGAACCAGCCCCAGCAGAGCAAGUUCCGCGACAACUGGGUCAGCACAGCCAAGUACAGUGUGGUGACAUUUCUACCUCGAUUCCUGUAUGAGCAGAUAAGAAAAGCUGCAAAUGCAUUCUUCCUCUUCAUUGCCUUAUUGCAGCAAAUUCCAGAUGUCUCUCCAACAGGAAGGUAUACCACCUUGGUGCCAUUGCUAUUUAUUUUAACAGUUGCUGGCAUCAAAGAAAUCAUAGAAGACUACAAAAGGCAUAAGGCAGACAGUGCAGUGAAUAAAAAGAAAACAAUAGUUCUAAGAAAUGGGAUGUGGCAGAACAUUAUGUGGAAAGAGGUAGCGGUAGGCGAUAUUGUGAAGGUCACCAAUGGGCAACAUCUUCCAGCAGACAUGAUCAUUAUAUCUACCAGUGAACCACAAGCCAUGUGCUAUAUUGAAACAGCUAACCUCGAUGGGGAGACGAAUCUUAAAAUACGACAGGGCUUGUCUCAAACUGCUAGUCUCCAGUCCAGGGAAGAAUUGAUGAAAGUAUCUGGGAGGAUAGAAUGUGAAGGACCCAACCGUCAUCUUUAUGACUUCACUGGAAACUUGCGCUUAGAUGGCCAAAGCCCAGUUCCUGUUGGGCCAGACCAAAUCUUGCUGAGGGGUGCACAACUGAGAAACACUCAAUGGGUCUUGGGUAUUGUUGUGUAUACAGGACAUGAUACAAAACUCAUGCAGAAUUCAACCAAAGCACCUCUGAAGAGAUCAAACGUGGAGAAAGUGACCAACAUGCAGAUCCUGGUUUUGUUCUGUAUUCUCCUGGUAAUGGCCCUUGUGAGUUCUGUAGGUGCCUUAUUAUGGAACAGAACACACGGCGAAGUCGUCUGGUACCUUGGCUCCAACAAAAUGCUGUCUGUCAACUUUGGAUACAAUCUGCUGACAUUUAUAAUCUUGUACAACAACCUUAUUCCAAUCAGCCUUCUGGUGACAUUGGAAGUUGUCAAGUUUACUCAGGCUCUUUUUAUAAAUUGGGACAUAGAUAUGUAUUACCCUGAGACAGAUACGCCUGCAAUGGCCAGAACCUCAAACCUUAAUGAGGAACUUGGGCAGGUGAAAUAUCUGUUUUCUGAUAAAACAGGCACUCUAACAUGCAAUAUCAUGAACUUUAAGAAAUGUAGUAUUGCUGGAGUGACAUACGGUCACUUUCCUGAGCUGGAAAGAGAACGCUCAUCAGAAGACUUCAGCCAACUACCUCCUUCCACGAGUGAAUCAUGUGAAUUUGAUGACCCAAGGCUGCUGCAAAACAUUGAAAAUGAUCAUCCCACAGCUGUACACAUACAGGAGUUCCUCACGCUGCUAGCCGUGUGUCAUACUGUUGUUCCUGAGAGACAAGGAAAUACAAUCAUCUACCAGGCCUCCUCUCCAGAUGAAGGGGCAUUAGUGAAAGGAGCAAAAAAACUUGGUUAUGUCUUCACAGGACGGACUCCGCAUUCAGUUAUCAUCGAUGCGCUGGGGAAGGAGAAAACCUUUGAAAUUCUUAAUGUGCUGGAGUUUUCCAGCAACAGGAAGAGAAUGUCAGUGAUUGUUCGAACUCCAGCAGGACAACUACGUCUCUACUGCAAAGGGGCUGAUAAUGUAAUUUUUGAGAGGCUAUCGAAAGAUUCCCAGUAUAUGGAGCAAACACUGUGCCAUCUUGAAUACUUCGCAACAGAAGGUCUGAGGACAUUGUGCAUUGCUUAUGCAGAUCUAUCAGAGAAGUCUUACAGAGAGUGGUUGAAUGUCUACAAUGAAUCCAGUACAGUUCUGAAAGACAGAACUCAGAAGCUGGAGGAGUGCUACGAGAUCAUUGAAAAGGAUUUGCUGCUUCUUGGAGCUACAGCCAUUGAAGACCGCCUGCAAGCAGGUGUUCCAGAAACAAUAGCCACACUAAUAAAGGCAGAAAUUAAGAUAUGGAUUUUGACGGGUGACAAACAGGAAACAGCUCUCAAUAUAGGGUACUCUUGCAGACUCAUUUCACAGAGUAUGUCUCUCAUCCUGGUCAAUGAAGAAUCACUAGAUGCAACAAGAGCCUCUCUGACUCAACACUGUACCAGUCUGGGGGAGUCGCUGGGCAAGGAAAAUGAUAUUGCCCUGAUUAUUGAUGGCCACACACUGAAGUAUGCCCUUUCAUUUGAAGUCAGGCAGAGCUUUCUAGACUUGGCACUCUCCUGUAAAGCAGUCAUUUGUUGCAGAGUAUCUCCUCUACAGAAGUCCGAAAUAGUAGACAUGGUCAAGAAACACGUCAAUGCCAUAACACUUGCCAUUGGGGAUGGUGCCAAUGACGUAGGAAUGAUCCAGACAGCUCACGUUGGAGUGGGGAUCAGUGGCAAUGAGGGCAUGCAGGCAACCAAUUGCUCGGAUUAUGCCAUUGCACAGUUUGCCUACUUGGAGAAGCUGUUGUUGGUCCAUGGUGCUUGGAGUUACAAUCGAGUUACCAAAUGCAUUCUGUAUUGCUUCUACAAAAAUGUGGUUUUGUAUAUUAUUGAGCUUUGGUUUGCUUUCGUUAAUGGAUUUUCUGGGCAGAUCUUAUUUGAGCGAUGGUGCAUUGGUCUGUAUAACGUGAUUUUCACAGCACUGCCACCCUUUACUCUGGGAAUUUUUGAAAGAUCAUGUACUCAAGAUAGCAUGCUUAGAUUUCCACAACUAUACAAAAUUACUCAAAAUGCAGAUGGUUUCAACACAAGGGUUUUCUGGGGUCACUGCAUCAAUGCCCUUAUCCAUUCCAUCAUUCUUUUCUGGUUUCCACUGAAAGUGCUGGAGCAUGAUGCAGUAUUCACAAAUGGCCAGGGAAUUGACUAUUUAUUUGUUGGAAACAUAGUUUACACUUAUGUUGUAGUCACUGUUUGUCUGAAAGCUGGCUUGGAAACAACUGCAUGGACUAGAUUCAGUCACCUGGCCGUCUGGGGAAGCAUGCUGCUCUGGCUCGUGUUCUUCGGUGUCUACUCAGCCAUCUGGCCCACGUUUCCCAUCGCACCAGACAUGCUGGGGCAGGCUGGAAUGGUGUUAAGAUGUGGAUACUUCUGGUUUGGCUUGUUUCUUGUGCCCACUGCGUGCCUUGUUAAAGAUGUGGCGUGGACAGCGGCUAAGCAUACCUACCAUAAAACUUUGCUGGAACAAGUUCAGGAGCUGGAGACGAAGACAAGAGAGCUGGGAAAAGCCAUGCUUCGUGAUAGUAAUGGAAAGAGCGUGAACGAACGUGAUCAUUUGUUAAAAAGGCUUGGCAGGAAAACUCCUCCGAGCCUUUUCCGUGCUCAUUCUGUCCAGCAAAGUAUAUCACAUGGGUAUGCAUUUUCUCAAGAAGAACACGGUGUUGUUUCCCAGUCGCAAGUUGUUCGAUCCUACGAUACAACCAAAAGGAGAACAGAAAUAGAAUAAAUGGUUUUUACUUGAUGGGUGGUGGGAAUAAUGGGAUUUGGAUCAAUGCAUCCACUGUUAACACAUUCUUGACUAGAAUUGGUGGGAGAAGCCAGAACACCAGAGAACUCAUUUCUGUGGCCUUAGCCAACAAGUUUCUGUAUUCUCCCUGCAAACCUUGAGUACAUAAUGUGGGGGGAAAUCAUUGUUUGACUUCAGUUGCAAAGCUCUGCCUAAAGUUUUGUUUAUGUUGUUAUGAAGCAUUUGACUGUGCUAUGUGAGGUGUGAAAUUAAAAACAAUGUUUUACCACUAUUUAAAACAUCAGCAUAAGGUUGUUCUGGGAGAAAAGCAGAAAAUUUAUGUUCCAUGAGAAACAAGCCUUUGCUUAAUUGGAACGGGGUGCUGAGAUUUCCUGUUUUGUUACACACAGACCAAGUGCACACGACUGCAUGCAGACUUUACUCCUUCUGGUAUUCACUGUUUACUAAUUUGGCUGAAAUUUUCAACAGACCAUUUGGUGUAAAAUUUUUGAUUGCAACACAGUUUGUAGCUAAAAAUGCUUAUUUGCCUUCUUAUGACAGAAUAACACAAGAUAGCAAACAAUUACUUAGAAUAUUUCGUACCCUCUUACAGGAUUUAUUAGGGAUCUGUCUUAGCUUUCUGAAACCCAAUUAAUAGCUUACUUACAAAGCCAAGAUGUGGAAGUCAGAGAGCUUGGCAGGGCAGCUGUCUUGAGUGCAUGGCAUUGUACACAAAGAUUAACUCAAAUAGGUGCCUCCUAACGCUUCAUGAUGUAUUUGGAUGUGCACUUCCAAUGUAGCUAGGGAUUUCCCUCCAUAAUCCCCUUCCCACUUUAAUAGUAGAACAAAACAGCGAGAACUUUAAAGGUAUAAUCUUGUCAGAUAUGAAGAUAUGCAUCCACACAGGAGGCUGAUGCUGUAACCCUAAAGAAGCAUUUCCCUGACCAGGUAGGAUAGGUUUGUGAAGAAAAGUUAGGAAGGGUUUACACACAUGUGUGCACACACAUGUACACAAACAGAGCUGGUCAUUGUGAAGAGAAGACCUGCUGUUUGUUUGUUCAGCCAAACCAGUCCCUCUUCUAGAUCUGAUCCAUCAACAGGCUUCCCAGGCUUCAGACCUAUGAGCCCUGGAAGAAAUGCUGGCUCCACAGCCUUGCUGUGCCAGUGGGACAGGCGUGCUGCUGCAUAGAUUGGAA